AUGAAACGUGCAGCUGAAAACGGUCACAUAGAGAUUGUUAAGCUGUGCAAAGAGUGGGGUGAGACAGAAUUUGAUUUGCUGAUGGCACUUGCAGCUCUCAAUGGUCACAUCGAGAUUGUUAAGCUGUGCAAAGAGUGGGGUGCGACAGACUUUAAUUGGGCUCUACGAAAUGCAGCUGAAAAUGGUCACAUCGAGAUGGUUAAGAUGUUCAAAGAGUGGGGUGCGACAGACUUUAAUUGGGCUCUACGAAAUGCAGCUCUCAAUGGUCAGAUAGAGAUUGUUAAACUGUGCAAAGAGUGGGGUGCGACAGACUUUAAUGGGGCCAUUCUUAAUGCAGCUGAAAAUGGUCACAUCGAGAUUGUUAAACUGUGCAAAGAAUGGGGUGCGACAGAGUUUAAUGGGGCUCUAGGAAAUGCAGCUGAAAAUGGUCACAUCGAGAUUGUUAAGCUGUGCAAAGAGUGGGGUGCGACGAACUUUAAUGGGGCCAUGGGACUUGCAGCUUUCAAUGGUCACAUCGAGAUUGUUAAGCUGUGCAAAGAGUGGGGUGCGACGAACUUUAAUUGGGCCAUGAAACUUGCAGCUUUCAAUGGUCACAUCGAGAUUGUUAAGCUGUGCAAAGAGUGGGGUGCGACGAACUUUAAUUGGGCCAUGAAACUUGCAGCUUUCAAUGGUCACAUCGAGAUUGUUGUAUUGCUGCGUGGUUUUGAUGUCAUUCAUGAUGAAUUGCUGCGACAUCAUCACAAGCGCAAUUUUUAUGUAAAAAUAUGGAAUGAGGUACUAGCAGUGGCGUGGCAUCCGGAUCGAUUUUGGAAUUGGUGUGUAGAUGAGGAAGAAAAGCGCGAGAUCUCUAAAUUAUGGUAAUGUCCAGUAUUUUGAUCCUGGUUGAGGUUUAAAAAAUCUAUAAUAAAGAGAUGCCUUUCCUAUCUGCAGAACA